AUUAGAUGACCUUGAACAAAAUGGUAUAAUUACAAAAGUAAAUCUUAGCGACUGGGGUUCACCACUUGUCGUUAUUCCCAAACCAGAUGGUAAUGUUAGGUUAUGUGUCGAUUACAAAAUAGCCGUUAAUCCUCAGCUCAAAUCCGCUCAUUAUCCAUUUAAACGCAUCGAUGAUAUUUUAAACAAUCUCCGGAAUUCAACCUAUUUUUGCCGAUUAGACCUGUAUAAAGCAUAUCUACAUGUACGAGUUGAUGAAGACAGUCGAGCAGUACAAACGAUUUCAACACAUCGAGGUACUUAUCAAAUGAACAGAUUAUCAUUUGGCAUAAAAACAGCUCCAAGUGAAUUUAACCGAAUAUUGGACCAAAUUCUUCAAGGCUUAGAGGGAACAAUGUCAUACUUUGACGACAUCAUAAUCCAUGGAACAUCACAUGAAGAAUGCCAGAAUCGACUUAGACACUGCCUAGAGCGUUUAAGAAAAUAUGAUCUACACCUCAACAAAGACAAAUGUACUUUCUUUCAAACCGAAAUUCAGUAUCUAGGGUAUAUCAUUCGUCAGAACAAGAUUUCUAAAUGUCCAAAAAAGGUAGAAGCGAUCAACAGUGUUCCACGUCCUCGAAAUGCAGAUGAAGUACGUAGAUUUUUGGGAAUGGUUACAUACUAUUCUCGUUUCAUACCAGAUGCAUCAACCAUGACACAUCCACUUAGACAAUUACUGCGUAAGGACAAACAAUUUUUUUGGUCGUCAUCAUGCGAAUCAGCUUUUAUCAAACUGAAAACCGAAAUAUCAAGUGAACGGGUACUGGUUCCCUUCGAUCCCAAUUUACCAAUUACACUUGCGUGUGAUGCAAGCCCAACAGGCAUUGCGGGAGUAUUAUCAAACAUUAUCGACGGAGUUGAACGACCUGUAGCGUUUAUAUCCAGAUCACUGACACAAGCCGAAACAAAUUAUAGUCAGCUUGAUCGCGAAGCUCUUGCCAUCGUGUUUACAGUGGGCAAAUUCUACAAUUAUAUUUAUGGUCAACCAUUUACCCUAAUCACGGAUAAUCGUCCAUUAACAAGAAUCUUUCAUCAGAAUGCAAAACUGCCAGCGAUGACAUCAGCUCGUUUACUUCGUUAUGCUGCCUUUCUACAACAGUUCAAUUAUGAAGUCCAACAUCGGAAAGCCGAAGAUCACGUCAAUGUUGACUUCUUUUCAAGAGCACCUUCUAAUGAAAAAUCAAUUGGAAUAGAAACAACAUUAGACCAAGAGUUACAGAACUUAAAUGACCAGGUGAUAAAUCAAAUUUCAACUUAUUCUCUCACAAGUACAUCAAUCGCAUUCGAAUCUCAGCAAGAUCCAGAACUGUCAAAAAUAAAGGAAAGCCUUAUACAUGGAAAUCUCAAUAAUCCAGACUACAGUCUUCACGAUGGAGUUAUAUUCAAAGGCCAACGUGUAGUAAUACCAACGAGCCUUCGUGCAGAAGUUUUAAAGGAGUUGCACCAUACACAUGUCGGUAUCGUCAAAAUGAAGCAGUUAGCCCGGAGGUAUUGUUAUUGGCGAAAUAUCGACAAGGAUAUCGAAAAUCUUGUUCGACAAUGCGAAAAUUGCGCCCUCAUCAAAAAAGAUCCUGUAAAAGCUCCAGUACACCACUGGGAUGAGCCCAAGGAAAACUUCGAACAAGUCCACAUCGACUAUGCAGGACCCUUCCAGGGAUUCUAUUUCCUCGUACUCGUUGAUUCAAAAUCCAAAUGGGCAGAAGUCAAAGUAAUAAAAGAAGCACCAACUUCAGAAUCGACAAUAUACCUUUUGCAAGACAUUUUUAGUGUACAUGGAUUGCCAAGAAAUUUGGUAUCAGACAACGCCACAAUUUUCCAUAGUGAUACAUUUCAAACAUUUUGUAGAGAAAAUGGAAUCAUGCAAAAGUUUAUUGCACCAGGGCACCCUGCCACAAAUGGUCUCGCUGAAAGGAAUAUUCAAACCCUUAAGCAGAAACUUACAGCCAUGGCAGACGAAAAGCUCUCGAUGAACCAGAAAGUGCGUGAGAUAUUGUACCGAUAUCGAGGCACACCAUUGAAUUGCGGUAAAACACCAGCUCAACUUUAUCUUGGAAGAGACAUUCGACUUAAGCUAGAUGCACUACGUCCAUCAAAAGAACCUGCCAGUAAACCAGCUGACCUUCCCCGAGUUCGAAACUUCAGCGUGGGAGAGAGAGUCCAAGUUCGUUGGUACACUAACCAGAAGCCUACAUGGAAAUUUGGAGUAGUUCUAAAGAAUGUGCAACCGAAGAAGAAGGUCACAUUCCAGGACAACAUCGAAGACCAACCCAAGCCAAUGGAAUUAGAAGAAAUUAUUAUCAGACCCGACAAUUAUGCUGCAGUUCCAGACCAAGGAAAUGUUCCUGUGAUGGCUCCCCCAGCCGAAGCUGUUCCUCAAGCGGCUCCGCCAGCUGUUCAAAUUCGAAGGUCACAAAGACAGCGCCAGGUUCCGAGACAUUUUCAAGAUUACGUUCGAGACUGAUCAUUUUCGAAAUAUUUCAUAUUGUAUUAUUUUUCAUAUUUCAGUAAUCGUUAUGUUUUUAUUUAGCGUGGGAGACUAUAAUGUAUUUAUUCAAUGUUUAUUAUGUCAAUGGAAUGUCUAUAUUUUUCAAUAU